UUUGACUGUCUUCCUCUUCGACAAUCGACACUCAUACUGGUUCACUUCUAUCGACACCGUCCAAAUUAACAACUCCUGCCUUCUGCCUUCUGCCCGUCGAAACCCUCCGCCCCGUCUGCCGAAUAUAGGAUUGACAACGCGGAAACCUGUUCCAGACCAUGCACAUUUCUAUGCAGCUUCCCGUAUUUUUAGGUUUCCGCUCCUUAUCUCGGGCAUUCUUAUGCCCUUAUUCUUCAAAGCGUGUCUUCUACGGAAGGUUCCCGAAAUAUGGCGUAAGGCUGAAGAAUAGCAGAACUUUGAAGCAGUUUGUCCGACUUGUAAUGAGUUCGGAGAAAGACGGUUUAUCGAAUGAAUUCGACGAAGGCAACGAUGUUGAAGUGAAUGGUGAGGAUAGGGGCGAUUCUGAGUUUGUUGAGGUGAUUGGCAUUGGGAGUAGGAAGGACGCCGUUCUUGAUUUCUGUUUGGGCUCGCCUUUGAAGUCCUCCUCAUUGCGGUUUUGGAAUAUUCUCAUGAAAGAUUCAUCAAAGGCGAAAUUACAACAAAGGUUCACUGGAAAAGAUCUUACUCCAAGGAUUCUUGAAGCUUCACUAUUCAUACAAUUGCAUUCAAAAGCUAUUAUCCUUGUGGCUAGUGCAGGAUAUGGCUUGGAUCACAUUGCUGCAGUCGAUAUUCUUAGAACAAUAAGAUCUGUAAAUGGAUUCAUUGUUGUGAUUAUUUUAAAGCCGUUCAGCUUUGAAGGACAGAGGCGCCAUGAUGAGGUCAAACAUUUGGUAGGAAAGCUUCGGGAGCAUACAAACUUGUUUAUUGACAUUGACACUGACAUGCUACUCAGAAAAGACUUGGUUACUCUAGAUGAGGCUUUGAAAACUGCAAAUAAUGCUGUUUUACUAGCUACUAAUGCCAUAUCCAUUCUCAUAUCUGAGAAACACAGAAGACUUAUUGAUGUAUCACAUAAUGACGUGGAAGAAGUUCAAGUUUCAGAACUUAUAAAAAUUUUAGAAAGAUACAAGGAAGCAAAAGUUGGAUUUGGAGCUGGUUACAAUGCCAAAGCUUCAAUUUUACAGUGUCUAUAUGACUGCCCUUUCCUUGGUUUUGGUGCGAAGGAUUUGAAUGGCAUGGUUAUAUGUGUCCUUGCAAGUUCGAAUACUAUCAGCAACAGUGAUGUAUAUGCCUUUCUGCAUACCUUCCGUCAAAGUACAGAAUACACUCAGAGGAUUGUAUUAUCCGUAAUUCACGAGCCUAAUCUGGAGCCCAACCUUCUACUGACAACAGUUCUUAUAGUAGGUGAUACUAGGCAACGGUCUUCUAAGAAAAGUAGCAUAUUGUCUACACUGGCCCAGCAUUUUCCUUUCGUUUUUGAUCUUCUAAGGAGACACAAUCCGCAGUUGAACGAAAUCGAGAGAAACCAUUUACAUGAGAAUGCAAGUCCUUGUGAGGGGAUAGAUUCCAGAGACUCUAGUGAGAGAGGAAAUGGGAUUGAUGUAAACGGUACUGCUGAAGAUUCUGAAAAGUACCCUGAAGAGUUUAAAGCAGUGGUUAGCAGCAAUGAUAAUGAGUUCUAUGCUUCAAGGGAUUAUGAUAGUGAGUCUGAACAAAGUAAGGUUGGAUCAUCAGAAACCACCAUGUCUGCCAGUUUUUACAAUGCAAUUACAGAAGGAACUCCUGCUUUCCAAAGGGAGCCACUCAUGAGUUGGAACUUGGGGCCUGCAUAUCAGAUUGCAGAGGAGUGGGCAAAAGAAAGAGUUGUUGACACUGGAACUAAGCCAAUGCUUGAUAACCUGAGUGUCUUCCACCUGCCAGUUGGUGUACGACCUUCGGAGGACUUAGAAGACAAUGUCAAUAGCUCAUUUACGACACCAAACCUUGAUCCAGAAACUAGGGAUGAUCUGAAAGCACUGCCAGCUGCUAAUUCAAGCACUUCUUCUUGGAGUGCAUUGACUGAUGCAGGGUUUGAAGCAAUGAGGGACUUUUACAAUCACACAUUCACUCCACCUAAGGGAAAAUAUGUUGAUGUUCCUAAAAAGCAAGGAGUUCUAUCUGUUCGUGCAGCAUCUAUGUUGGAAGCUGAAAGAGAUUCUUCAAAAAAGUGGAGUCCUAUUGUGGAGAUGCAAUACAGAGGAGGGGUUUACUGGGGGCGUUGCCAAGGAGGUCUACCUGAAGGAAAGGGACGUCUGGUUCUUGGAGAUGGAAGCAUAUAUGACGGUAUAUGGCGCUAUGGUAAGAAAUCUGGUCCAGGUACAUUCUACUUCAGUAAUGGGGAUGUUUUCCAGGGAUCUUGGCGGGAAGAUGUUAUGCAUGGCAAGGGUUGGUUUUAUUUUCACACUGGGGAUCGAUGGUUUGCUAACUUUUGGAAGGGAAGGGCCUAUGGUGAAGGUCGUUUCUAUUCAAAGUCUGGUGAUGUCUUUUUUGGCCAUUUCCAAGAUGGAUGGAGACAUGGUCACUUCCUUUGUAUCGACAUCAAUGGGAAAAGGUCUCUCGAGAUUUGGGAUGAAGGUGUUCUUGUAACAUGUAAGCAAUUGGACUCUGAUAUCGAUACUGAAUAAAUUCAACUUCGUGCUUUCAUCCAAAAAUAUUACUUUUCUAAACUCAUUAAUAUUUUAUUGAGCAGUCGUGUAAAGUUUGUACAAUAGUUGUGAUGAUUGUAUUAGUUUCCAAUUUUUGUAUCUUCUCACCCAGUUCCUUGUUU